AGGAGUAUUAAUUUAUUCAUUAUUGCACUUUUCAGGCUAGUAAUUAUUAGGGAAUCUUAUAAGGUUUGAGUUCAUCUAUUUCAGCAUAAAAAAGAACAUGCAAUCUAUCAUUUGCCCGGCCAUUAACAUGAGAAAUCUAUAUUAGAGAAUUGUGAAAAAGUCUAAUCAUAAAAAUUAACUUUUUUCCACUGAUUUACCGAGAAAUUUCUCCAAUUUCUGAUCACGAGCUACUGUAAUACUGCAUAAUCAUGAGAAGAAAUGUUUCAAACAUGACAGUGUGAAUCAUCAAUUCUCUAUUUUUCCAAUUCUAUUUCGAAUAUAGAAAUGGUGUGGACCGGCCAGAGAGAAUUUAAUAUAUCCUUCGUUCCAAUGAGCGCCUACAAAGUAGACCAAUCAUAAAAUUUCUUUUCAAUUUCUAUGUUCCUGAUUGGUGUCCUCAUCACCAGCAGUUAAACGCACUUGCGAUCUAAAAUUCUUGUCAUGUGUAUUGAUGGCCUGGAAAUCCAAUUAAUUCCCCGGUAUUACCCACCAAAUUCGAUAAAUAAUAUAAAUUAUUCAUCUUGUAGCUAUAUUUUCCAUUAAUAUACAUAUAGAAAUAAUUUGGAACAAAGACGAAUAAUAAAAUUUUCGCAGAUUUUUUGUUUAUUUUCCUCUCUCGUAGACACCAAUUAUUGAUAAAAUCUCAAUGAUGAUUAUGAUUGGAAGCGAUUCAUGUAACAAAUUGACAGUAAAUAAAUUGGAAUGAUGUAUUUUGUUUUAUGGAGAUUCAAUAAAUUUUAAAUGGACUAAUAAUUUAUCUGCAUGCGUAAAUGAAAACAUACCGAUAAGAUCGAGGCUAAAGCAAGUGUAUUUAACAUUUCCACUUUCUAUCGCAUAGAAAAUUCAAAGAAUCACGUGUUAUAUGCACAUAAAGUGAUAGAGAUAUGUAUUGAAGGAAAAGGAGGGGUCAGAUGAAGCCUACUUUCUUUUGAAUUGUUGCGAGAGAGGGAACUCGGUUAAACAUGUAGUGAGUGGCAAAACUACUGAAACACCUCAGCCAGUACGUGCGUGGCAGUCAAUUUGACUGAACGACCUCAAAAAUGAGUGAGCAAUUUUCCGUAAGAAAUUGACAAACAAUAUCGUGCUGUUCAGUUGACAAAUCGCAAGUUAUCAGUAACAGUGGUACAUGAGGUGGUUCUUUCAGUAAUUUUGUUAUAAAAAUUUUAUCCCAAUGCUCUAAAUUAUUGAAAAGAUGUCGAGACACCCAUUUUUUUGGAGUUCACUCACGAUAUGGAUCUGCAGUGCAUUGAUCUGUAUCGUAAAAAGCGGUCAUGUAAAAAAUGGGGAACUCCCGGGGAAAAAUGGUUGGCAACCCUUAGUGACAUAUGAUAAUGUAGAAAAUGUUUCACCCCCAAGUAACUACGCCGCCUACACAAUUUCCCACUUUGAUUCCGAGCGGGAAGCAAACUUCAAGAUAUCAAAACCCCAUCGAAAAUCAGUAGACACAAUUCAUCAAUACGAUUACACCCCACCAAGUAUUCUGGGUAGUUUCAGUAUCUUUGGUCACUCAAUAUCAAAAAAUCGUAAAGGAGACGAAAGCAAAGGGUACCGUGAUGCCUUAAAUACCAACGAGUACGACUUUCUGGUGCCUCCCCCUCGGCAGAGGAUAGAACCCUAUCAAAAAAUCAAAAUAAGCGGCGAUGCCUAUGGCGGUUCCCAAUAUCGGGACACCAUUUACACCCCUAUGAAUACUCAGUUUACAUUCAUAUCGGCAGGGGCAUCAUCACCCCCAUCAUCAUCGUCGGUGGUUAAAAAGCUCCCCGGCAUUGUACCUUCUAGAGAUCAACUGGCUCAUCAUCCUCUACGUCAGUAUCAGACGGCCAGUGAAUCAUACAAAUCCCAAUCACCUACGCAAUCGGCCUGGAUGUCGAAUAUCCGCGACAAUAUGGCCUCCUACCAUCUACCAUUCAGACAAUAUUCAGUCCACAGUGAGGCCAGUGCUAUUGCCGAUGGUGGAAAUCAUUACUACACCCAAAUUGGCCAUCCACCUGUAUUCAAAUCUCCUUAUGAUGCCCCUAGUCCACCAAAACCUGCGGUUGAAAAUCCCAAUGAAUACGUUACAGCACAUCAUCCUGGCAAUCUGUAUGCAGUUGUCACGACUCCAAACAACCGCUACGUCGAGCCUCACUACGGUUUCGAUCAAAAUUCUCCAGGAAAACAGCAUUUCGACACGUCCGAUGAUCACUUACCCAACGGUCCGGCUAGUGAUAAUUACUACAGUGGUCGUAAAAAAAAUACAACACCGAGCUGGUUGAUGUCCACAUCAAAGGAGCAAUUACGGGAUAUAUUGCCCAAGUUGAAUAAACCAGUGCAGUUUAACAGAGCAAAUAAUGCAACGCGACAUAAAGCACCGGCUGUUACCGAAAAUAAAUUGAAAACUCAAAUUUUACCUGAGAAAAUUGCACCGAUUACUCCGAAAUUACGUCAGGAAACACCGGAGAGUAUUUCGUUGAAGCAUUUCAAUGAACAACAAUUUCUUUUACAACAACAACUGUUAGAGCGCGAUAGGCUAAAGCUGGAAGAGUUUCAAAGUCAUAAGAAUCCCAUCACCAGCAAACCAACUGAGAAGUAUGAAGAAACAGAAUCACCUGGAGAAUUGAACGGUGAUAAAGAAUUUCCAGUUUACGAAGCUGUGAAAUUAACAAAUUCGGAGAGGAGGCCACCAGCUGGCCAAUUACCCCCCAAACAUUAUAAUGUUAAUUACAGUAAAAAACAAGUGGAUGAAUCGACUACCAGGGAAAGCUCAAUUUUUGAUUAUUCUACGAGGCAUCCGAUUCGUAAUUUAACUGAAGCUGAUGUAUCAACUGGAAAAAGAAAGAAAGUUCAUAAUCACAGAAUUGUAGUUAGUAGUGAAAUUAGCCACUACGACGACGACGUUAUUCACAAUGAAAGACCUGAUACCGAUCCCGGGCAUGAAAAAAUCAAUAAUUCCAUCAAAUUGGAGAACACAUCACCGGAGUUGGUUGUUGCGGUGAAACCUACCUUUAUCACUGGUCCAGAAGUGACAUCAAAAAAUUCCCAAACGUUCGAGACUCCUCCCGAAGGAUCGGCCAUUACUCCAGUUAAUGUUAAUAGGACUGUGGCGUUCGUUAUCGAUACAACGCCGAGAAGAUCUACAACUAUGAAGACGAGAUUACAAAAUAGAGGAUCAACACGUCGCAGAAGACCGCCCCUGGAGCCCGAGGUAACAUCGUCAUUAUCAUCAAUUCAAUCGAUUGCAAUCACGACAGAAAAUAUUCCUGAUGUUAACAGUAAUCACCGCCUCAUUACCACCCCCUCUUAUUACUCAACAAACAAAUCGACAAUAAUUAAUGAUAUUGAUGAUGAUCGUAAGAAUGAGACUGAGUCCGUUACUGUUGAGCAAGAAGAAAAAACCAAUACAGUGACUUCCGAAGAGUUGACGACACUUUUUACACGUGAAAAUAACGAGGCAACCAAGAUCCGCAAAUGGAGUACUCAAUCGCCGAUUAAUGAGGAAAACCACGAGGAAGUUUCAUCUGUAACGCAUGCCAAAUCUCCUGAAGAAGUCACCACAAGCACAAUGGAGAUAAUGAGCAGUAUAAUGCGUAACUAUACCUCUGAAAUUGCUCCCCUGGAAAAUUUAUUCAACUUGACUGAAAAAUAUGGAGAUGAUGAAACGGUGAUGAGCACACAACUGUCCGAAUGGGCAUCAUCAUUGGUUGGGGAGAAAAAAAUUAACGGUAAUAAUUCAAAUUCUCCGGAUAUCGUGGAUGUAACUACAAGGCCAACCUACAGACUGAGACCCAUGAAAAUGACAAAUAAUACUCGUCCAAGAUUUAGUGUGAAAGACUAUAAAAGUCGGUUGGAUUACAGAAAUCGAUUGAGUCAGGCUUCGACGACGCAAAGUACUUCUACAACGACCCAGUCUACGCAAUUAAAAGGGUCUGGAAGGUACAAGUACACCCCGAGGUAUUACACUAAAUCAAAAUCUUCAACUCCAAGUUAUUUACCAAAAAGUAUCAACGUCAGUGAUUUAAUUGAGGGAAAACGUAGUAAAAUUCCUGGGUAUCGACCCUACAACACAGCCAUUCAACGAAAAAAAAUCAUUAAUAGUACCACUGAAGCGACUAAUACAGAGAAUAAAUUACAGGUAAAUAAUUUUGAAAAUGAAAACCUGUUUGUACAGCCAAUACGUCGAAGGCCUCAAAUUAAAACAUCAGGGCAAUUCGCUCAGAUACUUAAGAAACACAAAAAUAACAUUGUAAGUACUGAUACUACGGUACAAGAUUCCGUGUUGGUAACUACUGAGCCGAUUCCAAAAAGGUCUGACUUCACUGAGGAAGCUGUUGCAGUGAGUACAACGAUUACAAUAAAUGAUAAGGGAAAAAAGCAACCUAAUAAUACGAUGGAUGAUAUAACAGUCAAUUCACCAGACCGAGAAAAAGAAAUAGUUGCAGUAACUACGGAAAAUUUCUCUCCACAUGCGAGCAUUCAGAGCGAUGAAGAAGCUUUUGCGAGAGCAUCAUUGAGUGUUGCAGAUUUGACAAGUUCAGCUUCUGCUCUUUACAAUAAGCCGGGAAUGUUCAAAGCCGUAUCGGUGAUGCCAGUAUUUGAGAGUGACUUCCAUAGGAAAAAAUUAACCCCUAUAAUGGACGAACCUUCGCUGCCUAUUGAAGCAUUUUUCCGCGAAUUAUCCAACAAAGAAAAAUAAGAGGAGAUAUGACACUCAUGUAAAUUACCAUGAACAUAUAAUUCUUAUAUAUUAUCUACAAAGUACCUUUGACAUGGAUAAUUAAUUUUUAUGACACGAAAGUAAUGAUCCUAUAUUGUUAUUGUAUUUAUGAUUAAAAUUUUAUAAUUUAUUUCUGAUACUCGAUGUCUGUUAAAUUAUGUAAAAAAAAAUUGGUAAUAGCCCUGGA